AUGAUUUUUACACUUCUAAUUCCUCUUAUUGUUGCUCAAAAUCCUGAAUGUUCAAGUGCUUAUUGCAGCUCUUGUAAGACAAAUCCAAAUGUCUGUGAUCUUUGUGCACAAAAUUAUAUUCUUGUUGAUGGAAAAUGCAAAUACUUCAAAGAAGUUGUUCCAUAUUGUGCCAUUAGUGCUAAAGAUGGAUGUAGUGCAUGUAUGUCUGGAUAUUAUUUGAAGGAUGGAAAAUGUCAAAUUCCACCAAACUCACUUUGUGCUUCAUACAAAGGAGGUAAGUGUAUAGUUUGUGUUGAUGGAUAUUAUGCAAAAGCUGGAGAAUGUUUUGAAUGUGUUGAUCAUUGCUAUGAAUGUUCUUCUAUGACACAAUGUUUUGAAUGUCUUGAUGGAUAUGGAUUUAAUGGAGAUGAGUGUGUUCAAUCACUUGACCAUUGUAAAGCAUAUUCUUAUGGAUCAUCCACAAGAUGUCGUGA